CCGCGCCGGAGCCCGGAGCGGAGCUGGCGGAGCGCGGGCAGCGGCGGCGGCGGCGGCAGAUCAGAAUGGUCUUGGCUCAGACUUUCACCGUCUCCCUACUGAAGUAAGUGCUGAAAAUUGCAUCUUCUGGACAGGCUGGUCCUCGCUGCCCCACAAAGCCACCCUGGCCACCAGCCCACCUCAGUCUGCCACUGGACUCUGCAUUCCCGUUCAUGGCAAUGCCCCAGAACUCCACCAGAGAAAAUGGCUUUUGUUUCACUCAGCCCCUCGACUUCUCCUGCGCGUGCCCUCAUCCCGGCGAGGCCGGCCGGCCGUUGGGUGCAGUGAGCGGGGGGGAUGGCUGCAGCACCCCCCUGAGCAAUGGCAUCGCAUCCUCGGGGGCUCCCAGCCCCUCGGGCUCCUGCGCCGAGCCCCUCUGCACGGCCAGCCCGGCACAGGAGGAGACGCCGUUCGAGGAAGGGAUCAAAUACGUGUCUGCUGAAGGGGAGGAACUGGCCUGCGGCUGGUGGGGGUUCACCCCCGGCUGCUUGCAGCUCUGCAACACCUCCAAAGGGGUCUUGUUCUUCCUCUGCGUGGCCUCCUUCCUGCAGGGCAUGACCGUGAACGGCUUCAUCAACACCGUCAUCACCUCCAUCGAGCGCCGCUUCGACCUGCGCAGCUACCAGAGCGGGCUGAUCGCCAGCUCCUACGACAUCGCGGCCUGCGUCUGCCUGACCUUCGUCAGCUACUUUGGGGGGAACGGCCACAAGCCCCGCUGGCUGGGCUGGGGGGUGCUGGUCAUGGGCUUGGGCUCCCUGCUCUUCGCCCUGCCCCACUUCACCACGGGGCAGUACGAGGCGCGCUCGGCAGCCCAGGUGGGCGUCUGCGGGGGGAACCAGAGCCUGCCCUGCUCCCAGGCUGCCUCCAGCCUCUCUGGCUACAGGUUUGUCUUCAUGCUGGGGCAGUUCCUGCACGGGAUGGGAGCCACGCCGCUCUACACGCUCGGCGUCACCUACUUAGACGAAAACGUCAAGACCAACUACUCGCCCGUGUACAUUGCUGUUUUCUACACUGCUGCAAUCCUUGGGCCUGCAGCGGGUUAUCUGGUAGGAGGAAUGUUUCUAAAUAUUUAUACUGAAAUUGGCAGAGAGAUCGACAUGGCCCCCGAGAACACUCUCUGGGUGGGGGCGUGGUGGAUCGGCUUCCUGGGGGCCGGGGCCGCCUCCCUCCUCAUCUCCAUCCCCAUCCUGGGCUACCCCCAGCGCCUCCCAGGAUCCCAGCGCUACAUCGUUAUGAGGGUGUCAGAGGCUCAUCAGCUAAAGGAUGGGAGCCACAAGAAAGCGUCGGAUCCGGACUUUGGGAAAACGGUGAAAGAUCUGCCUCGGUCAGUGCUGCUACUUCUGAAGAACCCCACCUUCAUCUUCCUCUGCUUAGCAGGAGCAACUGAAGCAACCCUGAUUGCUGGGAUGUCCACGUUUGGACCCAAAUUCCUGGAGUCUCAGUUUAGUUUAAGUGCCUCUGAAGCUGCCACCUUUUUUGGUUAUCUGGUCGUGCCAGCCGGAGGGGGAGGCACAUUCCUGGGAGGAUUCCUCGUGAAUAAAUUUAAACUGCGCUGCUCAGGAAUCAUCAAGUUGUGUUUGCUUUGCACAGUGUCAAGUCUGCUGGCCAUAUUAGUUUUUUUUAUCCACUGCCCUAACAUGCCCAUGGCAGGAGUCACCCAGAUGUAUGAUGGAAGUGCUUUGCCAGGUGGGCACCUCAACCUGACAGCAGCCUGCAAUGCCCAGUGUGGCUGUUGGCAGGACACCUACAGCCCUGUCUGUGGCACUGAUGGCAUCAUGUACUACUCCCCCUGCCACGCUGGCUGCAAAAGCGUGUCUGUAAACCUCAGGAAUGGCAAGAAGGUCUACCAAGAGUGUAGCUGUGUUGACAAAGCCCUCUUGCCUGGCUCUGGCAAAGCAGAGGCAGGGAAAUGCACCUCCUCCUGUGCCAAAAAGCCCUUGCUCCUGUGCUUCAUGUUCGUGGUCAUCCUCUUCACCUUCCUGAGCAGCAUUCCUGCCCUGACUGCCACUCUGAGGUGUGUCUCUGACAGACAAAGGUCCUUUGCACUCGGGAUCCAGUGGAUUGUGGUACGAACCUUAGGAGGCAUCCCUGGGCCCAUUGCCUUUGGCUCCAUGAUUGAUAAAUCCUGCCUGCUCUGGCAGGACCAGUGUGGCGAGCAGGGCUCCUGCUACGUUUACCAGAACUCAGCCAUGAGCCGAUACACCCUCGUCGCUGGACUGGUCUACAAGGUCCUCGGGACAACCUUCUUUAUAGUGGCCUGUUUACUCUACAAACCCCCACCUGCAGAGUCAGCUCCAGGCAGCUUGGAUGCAUCCGAGAAUGGCACCAGUGACCUCCAGGAGCACAAGCCUUCACUGCCAGCUGAAGAGGAUAUAUAGUGCUGUCCACAUGCAAGUGACUUUUUCAGCCUCAGAAAUACCACAAGAAGACAUUAUGCAGUAUCUCAAGGGGUUUUUAAAUCAACAGUAAUAUUUUAAAUUUUUAUUCUUUUUUUAGUUGAAGAUAAAUAAUUUAAGUAACCACUGGUGUGCUUUGCUAUUUUCUUAACUGCAGAAGCACAUUUAAAGUUGUGUGCUGGUGCCACGUGCAGUUAUUUAAUUUUAUUUAAAGAAAGGGCUACUAUAGCUUUAUUCUGUGUCUGUGACAAGCCAGGACCACGUUCUCCACUCGUGGAAGUAAUCAUUGGUAACUCCAAUGGAGCAUGUGAGGCUUAAACCACCAGAGGAUCUGGGCUGACUGUAUUGAAUAUCUCAAUUGUAAAGCCAACUGUAGCAAAACUUCUGCUGGGAUUUCCAAGCUGGGGAGGAGCACUGCUGUUCUGCAGUCUGCACUGCAAAGGGGUCAGCUGGCCCUUGAACUGCUGCAUGCAAAGCAGACAGCCCUGGCAGUGUCCUCCUCCUUCCCAUGGCACACAGAAUCACUCUGUUCAGGAGCAGCUUCUCUCAUUAUGCAAGUUCCUAUUACUGGGAGAGGAGAUUUGAUUAGCAAAUCCAUCAGUACACUACAGGCAGCCAUUCCCAGAGCUGCCAAGCACUGUACACUCACUGCCUCACUCAUUGCAGGGUUUACACCGUGGUGACAGUUUGGUUUUUUUUAUUUGUGUUGUUUAAAAGUGACGCCUUUUGUAAUGUACUGUGCAAAACCUGAACUUCUUGCUGUUUGCUGGGCGUGGGAAGAUGUGAGCUACAGAUCUAUGCAAUGUUAACUUGGGUUGUUCUGUAAAGACAGUGGGUUUGGGUAAACAGAAAGGUUGCAGUGAAUUUAGUUUGUCUCCAAACCAGUAGCCUGAGGGAUGGGUCUGCCUUGUGGAAGGGGGAUGCUGGCUUGUAACUGCUUGCAAGGAGAGAGCGCAGCAUUCCCCAAACGACCUUUGAAUGUGCUCUUGCAAUAUUGAUCAGAACCUUUCUGAGGGGCAGAAGUGGAAUUGGGGCCUGUGUGAGUCUGGCUUCCCUCUCAGUGCAGAUGAGGCCAGGCUAGUGCUUGGUGUGCCAGUGUUUGCACAGCCACAUGGUCCAGGUGCAUGCUCAGGGGAGGCAGAGGGAGCCCCUGGAAUCCUGCCUGGUAUAACCAUGGUCACAGGACAGGACAGGACACCAGGACAGGACACCAGGACAGGACCUGCAUCACUGAGCUGCACAACUGGUGCUUCCUUCGUGCCAGCUGCGACUCACAAUUACUUUGUAGAUGUUUUUGUAUAUUUUGUGUAUUUAUGCUUCCACAAAUGGACACAGCACAGGAUGGGCAUUUGCUUCCUUCAUUAGCAAAGGACUGACUCUCAGAGUGUUCCUGUUGCAGUCAGGGAUGGUGCUGCUGGGAGUGUAGUUGAUAUUCAGGUCAGUGGAAGAAAGCAGCUUCUUCCAUUCACAGAUCCCCUUCCACCAAAGCCAGAGGGUGACCUCCCUGCUUCCAAAGCCCUUGUUUUCCAGCCCCUGUCGAGUGCUGGGACAGACUGUGCACCCCCUGCCCCAUCCCUGGAAGUGCUCAGUGCCAGCUUGGGUGGGGUUUUGAGCAAACCUGUCUAGCUGAACAUGUCUCUGCCCACAGCAGGGGAUUGAAACAGAAUUAUCUUUAACCCAAACCAUUCUAUGAUUCUGUUUUUAUCUCUAAUAACUGCUGGAAAAACUAAAAGUGAUAAGGGCAAGAUGGAUGGUGGCUUUUGGCUGCUUGUGGAAGGACAGCUGGUGCAGCUUUGAUGGGGCACAGUGUGCAGGAGAGCCCUGUUUUUCUAGGGAGGCAGGAUUAGACCCACUGAUGCAGGAUUUAACCCCAACACUGCCCCAACACCUUCACCUGGGCUUGGAGCCACCUGCAAACACAAGCCUGUCUCCAGGCCUUGCCCUUCCCAGCUUCGACACUUGGGGUACAAGCAGGGAUCUUAGAUGGGGAAAUGCACGAAUGUAUUUUGGGAGCUUAUUUCAUCUAUGAUGUAUUUAUGAAAGUUAGAAGUUUUUCUUUAUAUAUAUAUGUAUGUAUGUAUGUAUGUAUGUAUGGGUGUAUAUAUAUAUAUAUAUAUAUAUAUAUAUAUAUGUGUGUGUGUGUAUGGGUGUAUAUAUAUAUAUACCCAUACAUAUAUAUAUAUAUAUACCCAUAUAUAUAUAUGGAUAUUGCAAUGCAAUUUUAGUGUUUAUAAAAUGAGCUUUACCUGAGUGUGUUGUUUCCAGAGCUAAACAAAAGCUCCUUGGAUUCUGGGCAUUUAUUAUGUUGCUGUGGGACUGGUAAUUCAAGGAUUUUAGUAAGCAGCAACAUGACAUUCCUGUUCCAUAACCAGGCUGUUUAGGUAUACAGGUCAUUUAAAAUAUUUGGAAGUAUGUUUCCCAGUCUGAUAUGAAGUAUUAUUUUGCCAUAAAAGCAUAGAAAUAUAACCAUUCUUUCACA